CCUAAAAUAAAAUGUGAUCCCUACAUCUUGGAGCAUGGAGAUGAAGUGAAGAUUGGUGAAACUGUGCUUUCUUUUCAUAUACAUCCUGGCAGUGAUACUUGCGAUGGAUGUGAACCAGGACAGGUCAGAGCACAUCUUCGCCUGGACAGGAAAAAGGAAUCUUCUGUUUGCCCAGCGCUUAGCAAAGAAGAGAGAGAGUUAGUCAGAAGAAAAGCAUUAAAACAAAUACGGGUAAAAUAUGGUUUACAGAACACAGAGUAUGAAGACAACAAAGCAGUGAAGAAUCCAAAGUACAAAGAUAGAGCAGGAAAACGCAGAGAGACCUUUGGAAGUGAAGGAACCUUCCAGAGAGAUGAUAGUCCAGCUUCUGUUCAUAUUGAAAUCAGCAACAGCAACAAAGGACAUAAAAUGUUGGAGAAGAUGGGAUGGAAGAAAGGCGAAGGCCUGGGCAAGGAUGGUGGUGGUAUGAAGGAUCCG